AUGCUGUUCAGACCGAAGUCGAGUAGGUUGUCGAAAGACGGAAGCAAGUUCCGCUCUGGGAUAGAGCUCUUCAGAGAAUCAAUGCACAGCACGCGAGCUGGGCUGGUACAUGCGACCAUGUGCUCGCUCCUGGCGGCGGGCGUUUUGGUGCUGUACUUUGCAGGCAGCUUGAUCUACGGGUCGAAGGACGCUGCGGUGGUGUUGCCGGCGAGACAUGGGCAUUACGUGCAUUCGAUCCAGUCGCCGACGCCGCUGAUCUUCCCGCGGGUGGAAGACACGCAUGUGCUGCGUGACAUGGGGCUGCGGACACUGUACAUUCUCCGGAUAGACGAGCACCGGCGCAGCCGGAUAUCGAUGGAAGUGGGAGACCGGCCCACGCCGGAGAAAAACCUACCCAAGGACGAUAAGCGGGCGCUGGCGAAGCGGUCGUUCCUCGACCACGGCAAGCGCGUGUACCACCGCACGUCAAACCACCCGGAGGUCGUGCUUGUGACGCUGAUCGACUUUGAGAACUACGACAAGAACACAAUCACGCGUAUUGUCCAGAACCGCGUCGAUUACGCCGCGAAGCGCGGCUACGGCAUAUAUGUCCGCUGGGCACAGGAGUUCAUCCCUCUCGUCGACAAGCAGACGCUGGAGGACAGCUACGAGUUCAUGAAGCCGAUGGCCAUGCGCGCAGCCAUGCAUGCGUUCCCGCACGCCAAGUACUUCUGGUUCCUCGACCACACCGGCCUCAUCAUGAACAUGGACUUCUCGCUGCAGGAUAACCUGCUGGCCUCGCGCAGCCUCAACAACGUGCUGCUGCGUGACGUGCCCGUCGUCGCCGGCACCACCAUCAAAACAUACUCCAACUUCGCCCCGGCCAACGCCAAGAUACUGGUUCCGCAGAGCCCCCUCGGCGAGCUCGAUACCAACUCCUUCAUCGUUUCCUCCACCCUCUACGGCAAGGCCUUCCUGGACUACCUCUCAGACCCCCUGAUCCGCAACUACAACUGGGACAGCCUCGCCGCCAGCAUCGGGCACAUGCUACAAUGGCACCCCAAGUUCCUCUCCAAGACCGGCCUCGUCAAGUCUAAGGUCAUCGCCGCGCGCUACAUACCGAACCGCAGCCCGGACUCCCCCAACGCCGCCGAGGUGGCUUACGAGGACGGCGACGCCGUCGUGCUUUUCACCGGCUGCGACGAGCGCCAGUCCUGCCCGGCUGACAUCGAGAAAUUCAGUACCAAGAAGAGCUCGUAG